AUGGGAUCCUUGGAGCAGCUGCAGGGACCUGCUGAAGUGCACACCUGUGGACCACCCAGACUGCCUGCCUCUACAGGAUGCCCUCCGCAUCUCUCAGGACUUGUUUCCAGCAUCAGGGCAGACAUUGACCCCACUGGACUGCAGUCACAAUGGACUCCCGAUGGGGAGAUUCUCUGGCCAAGGGGCCGUGUGGCUCCCUUCCCACUUCUCCCUGGGCAGUCCCUCGUGGUUCUGCCUGCGUUGCUGCUGCUCGUCUUCCUGAGUCCUCCACGCUGGCCUGUGUGGUGCUCACCGGGAACAGGAGAGACCUGCAGGAGCAGGAGCGACCUCCCAGGCUGUGGUAACUCAGGAAGCGUCACUAUCCACAGCUCCUGGAGGGCUGGUCACACUCCCCUGUGGCUGGACUGCUGGGACCGUCAUCACCAGUCACUCUGCCCACUGCAUCCACCAGAAGCCCAAUCUAAUCUGUCAGCCCAGGGUCUCAUAGGUGACACCAGGAACCGGGGCCCAGGGUCCCUGUCUGAUUUUAGGCUCCCUGCUUGGCAACAAGGCUGCCCUCUCAUCACGCAGCCCAGCCCAAGCAGGAGGCCGGGUGUUAUUGUGCUCUGUGACACAGCGAGUCUCUCCACAGUGACGCAGAUGGUCGAUGCAGGGUGCUGUUGUAAAAUUCCGUAAACUAGAUGGCGCGCACACAACAGAAAUUUACUUACACUGGGAAGUCCAACAUGGAGAUAGUGGGUGAGGCCAUGCUGGAUGAGGGCAGCUUCCUCCUUCAUGGGCCGCUGUCUUUCUGCUGUGUCCUUGCAGGGUGGGCGUGGGAGAAGCUACAGGAGGCUCUUUGGCGGGGCUCAGUCGUUAUGACCUAAUCUCUGCACAGAGACUGUGCUUCCUGAGGCCAUCACACUGGGGGUUAGGAUGUCCACACAUGGCUUUGUGGACACACAUUCAGUGUCUGGCAGGGGCAGCUUGAAGGGCAGUGGGGGAGGAGGGCAGUGAGCGUCAGUUACAGCUGGAGACCAGCAGGGCCUGUGGCUCUUUCCACUGACACCCUCUUGACAAUUUUUUUUUUUUUUUCUGGGGAAAAAAGGCCAAAGAGAUUCCUGGAGAAACUACUCCAUGAAAUGAGUGUGUCUAGGCAGUGCAAGGGGUGGACAUUAGUGGAAGUGACGGUGUCCAUCACAAUGGCUCUUCAGGUCUGAACAUGCUUUCCCAAAUGCUGUUACUGGUCAACCAGUGUCAUCUGAGAUGACUUAUGGGUCUUGCAGCUGGAUUAGGGGUCACUCACAAUUGCUCUUCCAGAAACAGCCUGCAUUCCAUGGCCAAGUUGUGUGCAGUGAUGAAGGCCGAGCCCCCCACCCACUUCAGGACUUGGAGGGGCCGGCCCAGCUCUAGAGGUCAUCAUAGAAGGGGCUGAGUUUGCUAUGACUGCUCCACACUGAGGCUGAUUCUUGAAGUUCCACGACCGCAGGAGUGUUGUUAAACUAGAAGUGAGCAGAGGGGACAGAAACACCAAGUUGCUGCUAUGAGACCUGGGAAUGCAGAUGGGAGAGGUCCACGUCCAACCCCCACCUGACGCACACUGGGAAAGCUGGAUCUCCAGGUUCUAGUGUCUGGGAGAGAGCUGUGCCCGUGGAUAUCCUGCAGUGCAGGCCAGCACCAAAACCCAGCCCAAUAGCUCUAUGCUUGAUUCUCAAGCGAUGAUAACCGACAAAACCCUAGUGUUUCAUAUUUGGUGGUGGCAGAGGCAGAAAAGAACAGGUCAUGUGGGAAAGAUAAUGAUUGAGAAGCAAAUCAAGAAAAGAUGACAAACCUGACACUCAGAGGCCACAGGCAUAAUCGCUUUUUAAAUUGUAUCAUUAACAUUUUACAAAUUACACAUAUUUCCUUCUUUUCUGAUUUCAUCCCCCUCUUCCUCCUCCAUCUCUGAAGCAGCAGGCCUGGCUGGGUUGCCCCUGGGAAGCCUCUUUGUGGCGCCCUCUCUCCAGCGUGCACAUCUACCUGGAGUGUCUUCAUUGUCGCUGGAAUCCUGUCUCCUGUGGCCAGUCAAACUCUGGAGACACAAACCAGCAAGAAAGGUGUUACCCAGAGGAGCUUACCGGCCUCCCUGCUGCAGGAGAGGCCACGCCGGCUCCCACAGCAACUCCCUGCUCCGUCCUCUGCCUUCUCAGAACUUACCUGGGCUCUCUGGAGUCAGAGGCCUUCAACAAGUCACUGCUCACAUUUGCAAACUUUCACAUCUAGAGAGGACCCCCCCCCUUUCAACCUGCCUCUCCCCUGUCCUCCGGAUCAUUACAGCUCUCAUCGCCAGCCUUAUCAAUGUGGGGCUCCAACCGCAAUGGGCAGGCUUCAGGUCUGUGAUCCAAUAAACAGACCCUGUGCCAGGUCAGA